AAUCCAUGGGGUGAUGGGCAAAUAACGUUUGUGAAUGCAGUUAUGAAGGAAUAGGGGAUGCACUUUGUUGUUUCAGGAUCAGAUCCACUUUCGUUGAAGUCUUCUGGCAACAAAAAUCUGCAUUUUAACUGAUGUUGUGAUGUUUUAAACAAUGAAAUAUCUGUUUGCCUUUAUUAGUUGCGUUUCCUCAAAGGACCACUAGGUGGCAGGGUUUCUUGAUAAAGGGGCCAUAGCAUUACUUUGUGUGUGUGUGUAUGUGUGUGUGAUCUCCAAGCAUUCAUCAUCCCUGCUCUGCAGUGCACCACCAGCUGAGUAAUAACUGGGGGAAAAUAUGCCUCAUUUAUGCCCAUACAGGGAAUCAUGAAAUGCAACAAGGGACAGCGUGCAGGUGGAAGGCCUAGGGAUGCCAGGCUGAGCUGCUGAAGGCAGGAGGACCACGGGCAAGGUGAUAAAGGGAAUCCUGGUUUUAUCAACAAUAAGGGUCGCCCAUCAGAACCAUUGAAAACAUUUCUGGACAACUCCCUAUAUCACAUCAAACAGUGGAUUAAAAUAACUCAGCACCCCACGCUCGAGAAUUACCUCCUCAACUUGCAUUGUGCCUUUAAUGUAAAUGGGAAUUAUAAGGUCUCUUUGAUAUUGGGACUUUCUAAAGGGCAGCCUGUGUGCACUUUAUUGUCCAGGAAAGAUACACAGUGUUAUAUCCGUGCGAGAUGAAAGCGAUAGGAGCAAAUCUAAUAGACUAGCUAGAUGCUGUUGAAGAGCGGAGAUGUGUGCUGAGAUGUAGAGACAGAAGGCGAGGGAAUGUUCAUAAAUGAAAUGAAAUAGACACUUUUUAAUGGAAUAUGUUAACAAAGAAGAGCUGGAAAGAAAAUAAGACACAAGCUGACACAAAAUGUGCAUAUCCACAAAGGCUGCAGUUCAAAGUGUAGAAAAAAUGGACAGAGAUAGUGAGGCCUAAGACAACUGUUAUUGGCCCUGCAGAUUAAAUAUGGAGCUCAGCAGAAGGAACAGAUCAUUAUUAUCUGUGAUUCUCAAUCUGUUGGCCCUUAGUUUCUCAGUGGCCGCCUUCUUUACCAGCUACUGGUGCGAGGGGACUCACAAGGUGGUAAAACCCCCCUGCCUUUCCGCAGUAAAGAGCAAGAACUGCCAAGUGCUGUCAAUGAACACCACCUCCACCAGUAGUGACUCCACCGACGCCAACGGAACACUCAACCCAAAUGUGGUUCACUACAACUGGGAGACUGGGGAUGACAAAUAUGCCUUCAAGUACUUUCACACGGGGUUCUGGUUCUCCUGUGAAAGCCAUCAAGGAGAAGAGGCCUGCCGAAGCUUUAUUGAGCUGUCACCUGACUCGGAAAAAGGUGUCCUCUGGCUGUCGGUGAUCUCUGAGUUUCUGUACAUUAUCCUGCUAAGCCUCGGCUUCCUGCUCAUGUGUUUGGAAUUCUUCUCCUCCAGUAAUUUUAUCGAUGGGCUUAAAAUUAAUGCAUUUGCCGCCAUCAUCACUGUGCUGUCAGGCCUUCUAGGAAUGGUAGCACAUAUGAUGUACAUGACGGUCUUCCAAGUAACUGUCAAUCUUGGUCCAAAGGACUGGAGACCACAAACAUGGUACUAUGGUUGGUCCUUUGGCCUGGCCUGGCUCUCAUUCACCCUCUGCAUGUCGGCCUCUGUGCUCACGCUCAACACUUACACCAAGACCAUCCUGGAGUUCAAAUACCGCCGGAGGCUCUUCGAGAAGAACGUGCGCGAGUGCAAUCCCUUCCUGGACCCAGAAAUGGUGAGGUUCCUCUGGGAGAAGUACAUCUUCUCGGUCAGCAGCACAGUAGAGGACCCAUUCAACUGGCACAAAGGAUUUGGGAGCCCCAUAUUCGUAGAUAUUGGAAGCAUCAAUGACCUCCCUGGUGCUGUUAAAGAGUUGGAAAGAGGGGCGGAACUGGAGGACGAUGGUGAUCAGUGCUAGACUAGAGAUACUACCAGCUGUACAAUGUAAAAGUCUAAGCAUCACUUCUAACACACUCUUACAUGUACCAAUAAAGCACUUCAUUCUUUUCA